UGGGGCCCGGUGACGUCAGCGGCAGCGUGAGGGGCCGCCGGAGUCGGGAAGAGUGCGAGUUUGGGGACAAGAAGAAAGACGCAACAGGAGACUUCGGCCGUGACCGAACUAGCAGGUACAGUGACGUUGGGACAUGGAGGAAACCGGGAACAAGAGCGGCUCCGAGGCCGAUGUGGACCCGCCAUUGGAACAGGGCAGCCGGGAACAGCAGAGCGUGGUGACCCGUGUGGCCAGCCUGCCCCUGGUGAGCUCAGCCUGCGGCGCGCUGUCCAGUGCCUACAGCAGCGCCAAGGAGAGCGCCCCCUACCUGCGGGGCGUGAUGGACGCGGCUGAGAGCGGCGCAAGGACUCUGGGUGCCGCCGCUGCCUCUGGCUCCCGGCCCCUGCUGGACCGGCUGGAGCCCCAGCUCACUGUGGUGAAUGAAUACGCCUGCAAGGGUCUGGACAGGCUGGAGGAGAAGCUGCCCAUCCUGCAGCAGCCCACAGAGAAGGUGGUGGCCGACACGCGAGAGCUGGUCAGCAGCGUCCAGCAGUCGGUCUCGCAGUCGGUCUCCGGAGCCAGGCAGGCCGUGACUGGCGCAGUGACGGGUGCAGUGGGCGUGGCCAAGGGGGCGGUGCAGGGCAGCGUGGACGUGACCCGCGCGGCCGUCAGCGGGGGGGUCAGUACCAUGAUGGGGUCAAGGGUCGGCCAGAUGCUGUCGAGCGGAGUGGACCUGGCGCUGAGCCGAUCGGAGGAGUGGGUGGAGCAGCUCCUGCCGCUCAGCCACAGGGAGCUGGCUGCGCUGUCGGAGCCGGUAAGCGGCGGGGAGGCAGGGCCUCCGGCGGCUCAGCAGAGCUACUUCGUGCGUCUGGGCACCCUGUCGGCGAAGGUACGUCAGCGGGCGCUGGAGCUGUCGCUGGGCCGUGCCCGCCGUGCCCAUGAGAGUGCGCUCAGCACCCUGGCGAGCCUCACCACCACCCUGGACCUCAUCGAGCGCACCAAGGCAGCGCUGAGCAGCGCCACGGACCGCCUAGGGGGUGCUCAGGAGCAGCUCCUGCAGCACUGGGCCGAGUGGAAGGAGGGCCAGCCAGGAGGGAAGGAGGCAGAGGAGGACAAGGGGCAGAUGCAGAGUGACGACCAUGUGGAGUUGGAGGGCCGUGCCCUGUCGAUGGCGCGGGGCCUGAGCGCCCAGCUGCGAGCGGCCUGCAGUGGCGUGGUGUCCACUGCGCAGGGGCUCCCCGUGUCGGUACAGGAGCAGGUGGCCGCGGCGCUGCGGGCGGCCGAAGAGCUGCAGGCAUCUCUGGGUGGAGCCACGUCCUUCUCCAACCCCCUCUUGGCACAGAGCCGUGCUCGCAUGGCACAGGUGCGCCAGUCUGUGGAUGCCACCAUGGAGUACCUGCUCAACAACACCCCCCUCAACUGGCUGGUGGGGCCCUUCUCUCCCCAGAUCACAGAGAAAUCUGAGGAAGGGGAGCAGGGGGUCCCCCAGAGCCAGGGGCAGUAAGGGGGGGACACACACAAGAGUGCUUGCAGAGUCAGUUCCUUCCGCCCAACUGUUCAGCCAUUCGUAUUCUCUGUCUCGGUACACGCAAGGCCUGCGAGUGCAGUGUCUGCUAUCCCCUCUCCCCUCUCCCUGUCAGACGUGUUAACAGGCCCUCCUUUCCCUGGUUGCAAGACUCAGUGCUCGGCUGUGUCUCACUGCAUGGCUCCCAGUCUGGCAUCUCCACUGUGUUAAACUGCUGUGUACUGCCCUUCCACAGGGAAAAAGCAGUGACAAUACAGAGCACAAAGAGGAGCACACAGGCAGUUCAUGAUUGUCUUUCCCUGUACAUGCAGGGCCUGAAGCAGAUGCUCUUGUAGAAAGCUGUUAAAUGUGUGGGAACAAGUAAUAGGUUUAUUCCGUGCUGAAGAGAGAAGAAAGAAAACAACGUUUCGUCUGUGGAGACUUCUUCAG